UCACCAAAACCUGUGGAUGUCACUGGACUAAUCACCUGUAAGACUGGGAAAGCACUCAAAACACCAUAGCGACCCGUUGUUCGUGGUGUUGCUAUGAAUCCUGUAGACCAUCCUCAUGGAGGAGGAGAAGGACGUACAAAAGGAGGCCGAAGAAUUGCUUACAACAUGGUUCUCUUCCAAUGUGGGGACAAGCUGUACUCAGGUCUGGUUGAAACCUUGACAAAUCAACUGCAGGAUAUUGCAAGGACGAUUGAGGCGGCCCAAGGAAGUAUGUUUUUGGUGGAGUUGAACAAGCAGUGGAUGGAGCACAACAGGUCGUUAGAGAUGAUACGAGACGUUCUUAUGUACAUGGACAGGACAUAUGUGCACAAGAACAAUAAGAUCAGGGUGCAUGACCUUGGGCUGAAGCUCUGGCAGGAGCAGGUUCUCCUUGCUCCCAAGAUUAGAGAUCAGCUUCGGCAAACACUCUUGGAAAUCGUUGACAAGGACCAGAAUGGUGAGACUGUAGAUCGCAAAAUUCUGGGGACUACAACUCAGAUGUUGGCGGAUCUGGAAAAAGAGGGGUAUCAGGAGUUUGAGAGAGCUUUUGUUGAUAAUCUGCACCAGAUUUCUACAGGUACAAGAGACUAUGUUGUCACUUGCGAUUACGGAAGCUGCUUAAAGAAGGACGAGAACGGCUCGCAACUGGGGGAUAAAAAGGGUCCCUCGUUACCUGAACCAGAAGACUGAGCAGCACCGACUGCAGAUAUGGGGGAACAUUGAACGAUUGGCAAUGUGAUUAUGAAACGAGUGGCGGAGAUAGAGGAUGCAGGCAUGGGGUGCACUGGGCUGCAGAUGCGUGUGGAUGGAUGAGUAGUAUGAGGACGACUCGGCACGGAGGCAAACUGUCCGUCUCCGAGAAGAGGCUGCCAAACUGUCCGUGUUCACUUUAUUUGGGCAAUAGCGACGACUCGCUUGCACAAGAUGGAGGCAGCCGAUUGCUGCCCAAGAUAGCGGUCACAUGACUCUCUCCUAUUUGUGCGCCGACUGCUUGAUGUCAUUGAGCAGCAGUAAUUUUGGCAAGAUCAUCUCAGAUGCUCAUUUAUAAUAACAAGGGUUUUCAUAACCCUCUCAAGUUUUCUUACAGUACUUCACCUGAUUUCGUCGCCUCGACGCUUGAGGAUGACUAUAAGCUGCAUGAUGGUUUGCAACCUGCGGAAGAAGAGGAUGGGAAGGUCCUUCCUUCUUGAUAAGGUGAUCGUGCUGCUCUGCUAUUGGAGAGAGAGGUAUGGGCUGACACAGAAGUAUUAUACCCAACGGAAUUUGGCCAAGAGACGGUCGACAAAGAAGUAUUAUACCCAACAGAAUUUGGCCAAAAGACUAUGUUCUGGGGGGAAUUAUAUCCAACGAUGGGAACAUAGUUCAAGUGUCGAGCUGGCCAAGAGACCAUGUUCUUGGGGUAAUUCCCUCCGAUGAUGGGAACAUAGUUCAGGUGUCGAGCUGGCUGGCCAAGAGACUAUGUUCAGGUAUCGAGCUGCCCAAGCGACUAUACCGAUGAACGUAGUUCGAGUGUUGAGCUGGCCAAGAGACCAUAGCGAUGAACAUAGUUGGCAUGCCGAGCUGGCCAAGAGAUCAUAGCGAUGAACAUAGUUGGCGUGUCGAGCUGGCCAACAGACUAUACUGAUGAACAUAGUUCGAGUGUCGAGCUGGCCAAGAGACUAUACCGAUGAACAUAGUUCAAGUGUCGAGCUGGCCAAGAGACUAUACCGAUGAACAUAGUUCGAGCAUCGAGCUGGCCAAGAGACUGUGUUCUGGGGGGAAUUCUCUCGGAUGAUGUGGAACAUAGUUUUUAAGUGUCGAGCUGGAGACGGACUGUGGAUAUCAGGUUAAAUAAUUCAUUGAUUUAAUUUUCAAGUUGAAAGAUGAUGGUGGACGGUGGAAAGCAGAUCACUUUUAAAAAGCCAUGCCAGAACCUUCGGUCUGGCAGCAGGAAGGGGUCCGCUAUUUGCAUCU